AUGGGGUAUGAGGUUAGUGGUGAUAUUCUUGCUGCAUAUGAUCCACACCUCUUGAGAAAUCCAGUAGACACUACAAAGGAAAGCUUUGGAACAUAUAAGGAGAAAAGCUUGAGUCUGCAUUCUCAGUUCACCAAACCUGGAAUGCAGAGGAAAGAGAGGAAGGAAGUGGAGCAACUACCGAAAAACAUGGGAAUCGUAAAGGAGGUAGUUCGGAGAGCCCGAGAGAAGAAUAUCUUGAAGGAAGAGGAUAUGGUGAAACCUAAGAAGACCAAACCAAAAUCUCCUUCCCUGAAGCCAAGGCAAACAAGGAAGGCAACACCUUCCUCCGAUGCUCAAAAGCUUGUUCUUCCACCUAAGCCUCAAUCCAAACCAUCUGACAAAGAUGAGAAGAGGAAGAAAGGGAAAUCUGAAAGAGUUUAUGCAACAACCAUUGUGGAAGAAGAGACUGAAUCAGAUGAAGCAGUGAGAGAAGUAAAGAAGAACGCUACUACUACUAGGGUUGUGAAGAUGCAAUCCUCCAAUGGAAGGAAGAGGUCUCAAGAAGAAGCUACUAUUGUAUAUUUGAAUAAGUAUAGCAGGGCACUUAUUGAGAUUGCAUACGAAGUCCCUAAGAGUCUAUAUGAUAUUUUUGGUAUGAGAAAAGAAGCAGCAAGAAUUGCAGACUUCAGUGAAGCAGUUCAAGAUCCUUCAGUGAUGAAUGUUGAUUCAGAGAAGAAUGUCGAGGAGGUUGGUGAUGAGAAGGCAGGGGAUGUAGAGAUGGAAGAGAAGGAGAAGGAUGAAGGAAAGAUUGAAUAG